AUGGCCCUUCCGCGCCCUCGUACCAGUGCUCGUAUGCAUAGCAUCGGAUUUGGCUUCGAUUCCCGGACUGAUGACUACAAGGUUGUCAGGAUUGUGUAUAUGCCGGACGAUUAUCCGAAGGUUGAAAUUUUCAGUCUGAGCACAGGCAGAUGGCAGAACAUCAGCCAUUUAGGUCUUAAACAUAUCAUCCUGCGGAUGGCUCCCCAGGCUUUUCUGAAUGGGGCUGCACAUUGGCUUGCUGACAAUGGGACAGAAAAGAGCCACUUGAUCGUGUCAUUCCACAUGGGUGAUGAGGUAUUUGGCGAAAUUAAGGUGCCCGAUUGCAUAGUCAAUGUCGACUGGCUGCUAGGAGAAUCGCUUUCUCUGAUCCAUAUCCUGGAUACUGGUGACAAAUUUAUUUGUUGUAUAUGGGUGACGAAGGAGUAUGGCAUGCCAGAGUCUUGGACUCAACUAUUUAAUUUUAAUUUAAGUGGAGUAUUAGGCAAUCGCGUAGCUGGCUUUACAAGGAAUGGCGAAGUUCUAUUUGGAAGAAAAUCUGGGCAUGUCUUAGCUUAUGAUCCCGAAGCCAAAAAAGUAACGCCAACGCAUAUUCAUUUUCGUGGAUCAACAGACUCAUGGGUUAGGGAUUCAUUUUAUGCUGAUGUUUAUACCGAGAGCCUAGUUUUAGUCACUUGUAAGGAGUCACCUGGGGUGGAAAAUCAAAUUGAGGAAGCCAUUGAAGGUGAAGAACUGUUGAAAGACUGA